UUUUCAUAGGCUGGGGAAAGAAGGUUGGGAAACUUGACAUUGUCGUAAGACUCCCCCCAGCAAAAGAAUAAAAAGGAGGGGAAAAUAAUAGACAAGGAAGAGGAGGGAGGGAAACUUGAUUACGGUGGGAAACUUGAUGGAUUUCUGCCCUGCCGACAGCAGCGCGGUGUGAGCAGCCCCUUGCCGGCUGGAUGGAUGAUGGGAAUCUCACCAUGAGGCAGAUAGCUGAUCAGCUUCCCUGGAUUUCGCUGACGCCACAGGAAAGCUUUGCCUGAAGAUGGAAACACUGGAGUCAGAACUGACCUGCCCUAUCUGUCUGGAGCUGUUUGAAGACCCGCUGCUGCUGCCUUGCGCUCACAGCCUCUGCUUCAACUGCGCACACCGCAUCCUGGUCUCCCACUGCGCCACCAACGAGCCGGUGGAGUCUAUCACCGCCUUCCAGUGCCCGACCUGCCGCUAUGUCAUCACCCUCAGCCAGCGCGGUCUAGAAGGGCUCAAGCGCAACGUCACCCUGCAGAACAUCAUCGACAGGUUUCAGAAAGCCUCGGUCAGCGGGCCCAAUUCCCCCAGCGAGACCCGCCGGGAGCGGGCAUUUGAUAACAACAGCAUGUCGUCCUGCGAGAAGGUCCUCUGCCAGUUCUGCGACCAAGACCCUGCCCAGGAGGCAGUGAAAACCUGCGUUACCUGCGAGGUGUCCUACUGCGAGGAGUGCCUGAAAGCCACUCACCCCAAUAAGAAGCCGUUCACUGGCCACCGUCUCAUCGAGCCCAUCCCGGACUCCCACAUCAGGGGAUUAAUGUGCUUGGAGCAUGAGGAUGAGAAAGUUAAUAUGUACUGCGUGACUGAUGACCAGUUAAUUUGUGCCUUGUGUAAACUGGUCGGGCGACACCGUGACCAUCAGGUGGCAGCUUUAAGUGACCGCUAUGACAAGCUAAAGCAAAAUUUGGAGAGUAACCUCACCAACCUUAUUAAGAGGAAUACUGAACUGGAAACUCUUCUGGCAAAACUCAUUCAGACCUGUCAGCAUGUAGAAGUAAAUGCAUCCCGCCAAGAAACCAAGCUGAUGGAAGAAUGUGACCAGCUCAUUGAAAUUAUCCAGCAAAGACGGCAAAUAAUUGGAACCAAAAUCAAAGAGGGAAAGGUGGUGAGGUUGAGAAAACUGGCUCAGCAGAUUGCGAACUGCAAACAGUGCAUUGAGCGCUCGACAUCCCUCAUCUCUCAGGCUGAGCAGUCGCUGAAGGAGAAUGAUCACGCUCGUUUCCUGCAGACAGCUAAAAAUAUCACUGAAAGGGUUUCCAUGGCAACUGCUUCCUCCCAGGUUCUAAUUCCUGAAAUAAAUCUCAAUGAUACUUUUGAUACUUUCGCACUUGAUUUUACCAGGGAGAAGAAAUUGCUGGAAUGCCUUGAUUAUCUUACAGCUCCCAACCCACCCACCAUUCGAGAAGAGCUCUGUACAGCUUCUUAUGACACCAUUACUGUCCACUGGACAUCGGAUGAUGAGUUCAGCGUGGUCUCUUAUGAACUGCAGUACACCAUCUUCACUGGACAAGCUAAUGUUGUUAGUUUAUGCAACUCAGCCGACAGCUGGAUGAUUGUUCCUAAUAUCAAACAAAACCACUACACGGUGCAUGGGUUACAGAGUGGCACUAAGUACAUCUUCAUUGUUAAGGCCAUUAAUCAGGCGGGCAGCAGGAGCAGCGAGCCUGGCAAGCUCAAGACAAACAGUCAGCCAUUUAAACUGGACCCCAAAUCUGCUCAUAGAAAAUUGAAAGUGUCUCAUGAUAACUUGACAGUGGAACGUGAUGAAACAUCCUCCAAAAAGAGUCACACACCAGAGCGAUUCACGAGCCAAGGGAGCUAUGGAGUAGCUGGCAAUGUGUUCAUUGACAGCGGGCGGCAUUACUGGGAAGUGGUUAUAAGCGGGAGUACUUGGUAUGCUAUUGGCAUUUCCUACAAGUCAGCUCCGAAGCACGAGUGGAUCGGAAAGAAUUCUGCCUCCUGGGUGCUUUGCCGCUGCAAUAACACGUGGGUGGUGCGGCACAACAGCAAAGAAAUCCCCAUAGAGCCUGCCCCUCACCUCCGGCGGGUCGGAAUUUUGCUGGACUAUGACAAUGGUUCCCUUGCUUUUUACGACGCUUUGAACUCCCUACACCUUUACACUUUUGACAUUACUUUUGGGCAGCCAGUGUGCCCCACGUUCACAGUGUGGAACAAGUGUUUGACCAUUAUAACUGGCUUGCCUAUCCCUGACCAUCUGGACUCCUCCGAGCAGCUCGCAUGACUGCUAAAUGCCAAAAGGUAGGACGACACAUCUUCCCAGGGCGGCCAGGCAGCUGCCUGCAGGAGCUUGCCCGGAGCUGGUGGACCUAUGUGGCAUCCUGGCCAACGCUGCCAAAUUUGGCCAAAACUGAAAAGGAGAGAUUAUCUCUUUCUGUGUACUUUGUAAGGAAGAACAAGAAGUGGCUUUAAAAAUAUCUUAGAACUUCCUUUUGCAGCUGGUUUUGUUUGGUUGGUUUUGUAUCUAGUCUCUUACAGGAAGAUUUAUAAAUUAUUUAUAAA